GUUCCAUCUCUUCUCUAUAUGAGUAAAGUGUUGUCCAUCCAGUGCCUGUGUGAAUCAUCUUUCUUGGUGACAUGGACAUCUGCAAACUAUAUAGUGUUUGACUUCACUCCACCCCGUGGAGAGACGGACCACAGGAGCCACCCACCGGGGGACUGCAUGAGGUCAUGCACACCCACAGAGUGCCCAGUCCCUGCCUGGCCUUGUGCCCAUUUUCCCUUCACCUAGGGUUGGGGUGACAAUGGAGGUAACUAGAAAACAGAUCAAAAGGUUCUUGGUCUUGACACAGAUGCAAGAGGGAGGCAGAUAAUAGACACCUCCCUUCCCCCUCACCCACAUAGGCUCCAGUGGGUUCUCAGGGCAAGGCCUGGCGGCUGCCCCCUCUCUGACUCCAGGUAGAGGUGAGUGUGGAGGAAACUGAAAGAGGAAAGGUGAAGUGCUUUUGGCUUGGACCUGAAGGGGGACAGAAGGCUCUCGGGGCAGGCAGGGUCGGUCUUUCGGCAAGAGGCGCGCUCUCUCUCCCUUCCUCUUCCAUCCAGGGCUGGGUGUGAAGGUGAGAGCAACCGGAAAAGAAGGUGAAGAGGCCCUUGGCCUUGACACGGACGCGGGAGGAGGUCCCAGGCCGAGGCCGCCCCGCCCCCGUCGCUGCCCCGCCUCACUCGGCGCCGCCUCCCGUGUUCUAGGUUGACACCUCCUCAGCGCUGGCCGCGGGCAGCCUCUGCGGCAACGCUAGUCGCCGCCUCCGAAUCGGCUCCGCACAGCCAUCAGCUAAAGACUCCCCUCCCGGGGCUUUAAAGAAAGGCUCCAGGCUCGCGAUCCACGAACACACAAAAACCUUCCUUGCUGAUGUUCUGAAGAAAAGCCCCGCCUCAGCCCUAUGAAUGCUGGGAGAAAAGAUGUUCACUGUGCUGACCCGCCAACCAUGUGAGCAAGCAGGCCUCAAGGCCCUCUACCGAACUCCAACCAUUAUUGCCUUGGUGGUCUUGCUUGUGAGUAUUGUGGUGCUUGUGAGUAUCACUGUCAUCCAGAUCCACAAACAAGAGGUCCUCCCUCCAGGACUGAAGUAUGGUAUUGUGCUGGAUGCCGGGUCUUCUAGAACCACAGUCUACGUGUAUCAAUGGCCAGCAGAGAAAGAGAAUAAUACCGGAGUGGUCAGUCAAACCUUCAAAUGUAGUGUGAAAGGCUCUGGAAUCUCCAGCUAUGGAAAUAACCCCCAAGACAUCCCCAAAGCCUUUGAGGAUUGUAUGCAAAAAGUCAAGGGGCAGGUUCCAUUUCAGCUCCAUGGAUCCACCCCCAUUCACCUGGGAGCCACAGCUGGGAUGCGCUUGCUGAGGUUGCAAAAUGAAACAGCAGCUAAUGAAGUCCUUGAAAGCAUCCAAAGCUACUUCAAGUCCCAGCCCUUUGACUUUAGGGGUGCUCAAAUCAUUUCUGGGCAAGAGGAAGGGGUAUAUGGAUGGAUUACGGCCAACUAUUUAAUGGGAAAUUUCCUGGAGAAAAACCUUUGGCAUAUGUGGGUGCACCCGCAUGGAGUGGAAACCACGGGUGCCCUGGACUUAGGUGGUGCCUCCACCCAAAUAUCCUUCGUGGCAGGAGAGAAGGUGGAUCUGAACACCAGCGACAUCAUGCAGGUGUCCCUGUAUGGCUACGUGUACACGCUCUACACACACAGCUUCCAGUGCUAUGGCCGGAAUGAGGCUGAGAAGAAGUUUCUGGCAAUGCUCCUGCAGAAUUCUCCUACCAAAAACCAUCUCACCAAUCCCUGUUACCCUCGGCAUUAUAGCAUCAACUUCACCAUGGGCCAUGUAUUUGAUAGCCUGUGCACUGUGGACCAGAGGCCAGAAAGUUAUAACCCCAGUGAUAUCAUCACUUUUGAGGGAACUGGGGACCCAUCUCUGUGUAAGGAGAAGGUGGCUUCCAUAUUUGACUUCAAAGCUUGCCAUGAUCAAGAAACCUGUUCUUUUGAUGGGGUUUAUCAGCCAAAGAUUAAAGGGCCAUUUGUGGCUUUUGCAGGAUUCUACUACACAGCCAGUGCUUUAAAUCUUUCAGGUAGCUUUUCCCUGGACACCUUCAACUCCAGCACCUGGAAUUUCUGCUCACAGAAUUGGAGUCAGCUCCCACUCCUGCUCCCCAAAUUUGAUGAGGUAUACGCCCGCUCUUACUGCUUCUCAGCCAACUAUAUCUACCACUUGUUUGUGAAUGGUUACAAAUUCACAGAGGAGACUUGGCCCCAGAUACAUUUUGAAAAAGAAGUGGGGAAUAGCAGCAUAGCCUGGUCUCUUGGCUACAUGCUCAGCCUGACCAACCAGAUCCCAGCUGAAAGCCCUCUGAUCCGUCUGCCCAUAGAACCACCUGUCUUUGUGGGCACCCUCGCUUUCUUCACAGCGGCAGCCUUGCUGUGUCUGGCAUUUCUUGUGUACCUGUGUUCAGCAUCCAGAAAAAAGAGGCACUCCGAGCAUGCCUUUGACCAUGCAGUGGAUUCUGACUGAGCCUUCAAAGCAGCUCCUGGAGUCCGAUGGCUGCUUAGAGUCAGCCUGGGUGGCACCAGGCAACACAGGUAAAGUGGCUGCCUUCAGGAAAUACAACUAACUAAAAUCAAACACCUAGGUCAUGUGCCUCUCAAAUACUGAUUUCUGCCACAGUACCUCUUGGGGCAUCACUUGGCUAUUCUGUGCAUAUUGCUCUUCAGAGACCUCACAACCCAUGUGCUGAUCUAUUGGGAAUAGAGAAGAGACAGGCCACCAAAGUCAGGCUCUUUAUUUUAAGGCCCCCAGAGGAAGAGUAAGUUGAGAGGAUAUCAGCUUAAUGUUGAAGAAUUGACCUCAGGGCUCAGUUUCUAUUUCCCUCCCUCAGUAUUCUUCCUGGCAGGAUACCCAUUAAGCAUUUGGCCCAAUCAGAUAUCUCAUUUUAUAGUUUUUUUCCCAUUGGUCUUUAACUAAGACUUUCUUAUAGCAAUCUCAUAAGCAGUGAACCCCCUCAGAUCAGUAGAAUAUAGUAUCUGGGGGAGAAGACUUAUUUCCCUCAGGGCAGUGGCCACAGCCAGGCUUCUGUCAUACAGGUGGAUCCCGAAGCACAAAGACAUAAAAAAGGUCUCCCAGAAAAUUAUAGACCAUUCUCCAAGUGGAAUUCCCACUUAGGGCUCUGGUCACUAGAUUGCAACCUUUGUGUUUGUCAUCAUCCUCAUCUCACCAUUGUAUUGCUAUGCCCUCCCAUAAAAACACAUUUAUCCCUAGCAAGAUUGUUGCAUUCCAGAUUUUACUGCCUUUGCUAGGCUUUUGUUUAGCAAAGGGCUGCCUUUCCAUUGUUACCAUGGUGUAUAUAUUUUUGUCACCAUUCCCACAGUAUACUUGAUGUUGUCAUAGAACAUCCUACUUUAUGAUUUACUAGCCAAUUACUUUCCUAGAUCAUAGACCUCUCUGCAUAGUAGUCAUAGGUCUUGACUUUGGGGAAAGAAAAGGAAGCUGCAGGAAUAUUUAUCUCCAAAGUCGAAUGAGAAAGAACUCCAGCAAAUCCAAUGGCUACAAACUAAAAAUCAGCAUUAUUUCAUAUUGCUGUUUCUUAGCUGAAUAUGGAAUAAAGAACUAUUAUAUUUUAUUUUGA